CAUCUCGCGUAUAAAGCAUCGACAGAUCGCCAUCCGUGGGUAAACGCUGAGGAAACGUCCGGUCAGUCAGUCAGUGCGAGGUUCGAGAAUAAACUCCAGAAAUGGCAGCGCUCCUUGUUUCGUUGCCGAUGCAGCUCGCCUGCCAGAUAAUGUGUGCCGCGAAUUCUACCAACGAAAAUGUAAAUUUUGUUCAGAAUACGCUUAUUUCUAAGCAAAACAGUUUCUCGUUGCCCGAGGGAUACAUAUCAUUCCCGGAUAUCGGUCUCGCCUACAAGUCGCAUCACACGAAAGCGGUGACAUGGGACGAGGCUCGAAGUCGCUGCAUCCAAGACGACGCUACCAUGGCAGUGAUCGACUCGUGGAAGACGCUGGAGUACAUAAUGAAAGUGAAACCGAUCACAUCUGAUCCUUACCUUGGGAUUCACAGAUUUUUUAACAAGGAAGAAUGGACGAGUGUCAAGAAUGGUCUUCCCGUGCCUUUCGUGCCAUGGGGGCCCGACCAACCGGCCCGUAAUGCCGACCUAAAUUGCGGGGCGAUGUGGGCCGACGGAAGAGGAUUGGCUGCAGCAUCUUGCGACGGUUACAAGCGACACUUUCUCUGCGAAAUUUCUGUACCACGUCUUACGACGAUUAGUAGCGAUAAAACCGCAUGA